AAGAAACAAGUGCGCAGAACGCUCAGAAGUCAUUCUUAUUUGUUCUCCAGUUUAUAAAUAUAUUGUCGUAUAAAAUACAUAUUUGAUUCUUUAUUAAGGGUAAAAUCGUCUUGGUGCGCGAGUAGCUUAGCUCGUUCGUUAGCUUAGCUCGCUAGUUAGCUUAGCUCGCUAGUUAGCUUAGCUUGUUAGCUGCUAACAGAAGUUAUCAACACAUCGCUAAGUAGAGCUCAAGUGUGAGAGUAAAGUGUGGUGAUUGUGUGAAAAUGUCUACAUUACAAAUGUUGAGAGCGUUGGUGGAUCAGCGACUAACUGCUGCCGCUGAAGAAAUAUUUGUAGUGUUAGAAAGAACGAUAGCAGAAUACGAGGCGGAACUUUCUAGAACAAAAGAGGACAAUAAUCGACUACUGGACGCUGUUUUCAAGAAACAUCAAGUUGUGUCACACAGAACAGACGUCGAUGAAGAACAUUUUCUCUAUGAGCAGCAGGAGGAACCACUGCCCCCCCACAUAAAAGAGGAACAACUCAUUAAAGAGGAAGCGAUGGAACAAAGCAUCAGUCAGGAGGGAGAGGACAUUGAAGGACUGGUGGAGUUCCCAGUGACUGGUGUCCCUGUGAAGUGUGAAGAUGAUGAGGUCAAAGGUAAAGAUCAUCUUCUCCAUGAGCCAGAAGAGGAACCACAGCCCCCCCACAUUAAAGAGGCAGAAGUGGUACCACAACUCCAACACGUUAAAGAGGAAGAGGAGGAGCCACGGCCCUCCCAUAUUAAAGACGAAGCAGCAGAACACAGCAUCAGUCAGGAGGGAGAACAUAUUGACGGACGGGUGGAGUUCCCAGUGACUGGUGUCCCUGUGAAGAGUGAAGAUGGUGAGGUCAAAGGUGAAAGUGAGGAGAAGAGAGAGGCGGAGCCUCCAAGCAGCAGCUCAACACAACACAUGACAACAGAAGCUGAUGGAGACCACUGUGGAGGAUCACAAGCAGACCAGCUCUUAGCUCCACUAUCAGAUAGUGAGGACACAACGUCACACUCUCCUGACACUGAUGAUGAAGACUCUACAGAUGAUAAGACAUGUCACACUGACAACACUCACUUGAAAAGUUUUGGCCUCAAAAAGUCUCUAAAUAGACGCAUAAAAAAUCACACUGGAGAGAAAUAUUUUCCAUGCUCAGCGUGCGGUAAAAGAUUCUGUAUAAAAGAAGACCUGAUAAAACAUGCAAGAAUACAUACUCAAGAGAAACCUUUUUCCUGUUCAGUGUGUGGAGCAGCUUUUGUUAGAAAGGGCAGUUUAAAAACCCACAUGAGAAUACACGCUGCAGAGAAACCUUUUUUGUGUUCCAUGUGUGAUUCAGGUUUUGCUCAAAGGCAAAAUUUGAAAAACCACAUGAGAACACACACUGGAGAAAAACCUUUCUCAUGUCCUGUGUGUAAGUCAAGUUUUAUACAAAGUCAAAACUUGAAAAAACACAUGACAGUGCACACAGGCGAGAAACCUUUUUCCUGUUCAAUCUGUGGUGUAUGUUUUUCAAGGAAAGAAACUUUGACUAUUCACAUGAGAAGACACACAGGAGAAAAACCUUUUUCAUGUUCUGUGUGUGACUCAAGUUUUGUACGAAUUCAUGAGUUGAAUAUCCACAUGCGAAUACACACUGUAGAAAAACCUUUUUCCUGUUCAAUCUGUGGCGUAGGUUUUAAAAGAGGGUACAGUUUGAUAGAACACACAAGAACACACACUGGAGAAAAACCUUUUCCGUGUUCAGUGUGCGAUUCAAGAUUUGGUCAAAAUCGGGGUUUGAAAAAACACAUGGAAAUUCACGCUAGGGAAAAAGUGUUGAGUUGCAAUGUGUGUGAUGAAAGAUUCUCUUAUAAAUACCAACUUAACAAACACAAGUGUGCUGGUGAGAACAGCAGCAGUAAUAUAGGAAAGUGCUCCGCAGUACUCCACCGGGCCGAAUCUCCCAGUCGUAAAGAAUCCUUCAAAAGAAGGCUGAAUCCAAACACAUAAAUCUAGUCACUUGUUCCUUAGCCCAUUUCUGACAUGUCCUGAAAGGUUCAAUGAAAUCCGACUAAAUUUUUUCUGUUUUGUUGUUAACUACCUGACGAUUAUACAAACCACAAAUCACUUGUAAUUACUUUUCAAUUACUUCAGUAGCAAACAUUUAUAUAUGUUUCUUAGUUACACAUCCUGGAAAACAACAUCCACACAACAGUUUAUAUUUAUUAUUAAUUCUUACUAAUAUUUUGAGUUGUGUACUAACACAUCAAUUUGUACUUCUGCUAAUAUUUAAGAAGUGAUGAUGAUGUUAUGGUUCAGUGUGCCCCUUCACAGGCUUGCUGUCUUCAGUUGUCCUACUACUUGUACUUGUACACUGUACAGUUUAAUUAUGGACAACUUUUGUACAAUAGAUCUUUUUUUGUACUAGCUAUUUUGAAACCAGCGCUGUAUCCUUUGCAUACGACUUUGUAGAAUACAAUUUCUGUUUUUCAUGACUAAUGGUCGAAUUAAUUCAGCUGUUUGGUGCCGUGACCCGGAUUGGCUGACACCGAGUUCUUGAAAUGUGUUAUUUUCAAAUGUCUUUAUUGAAAUAGAAGAUUUUUUUUCGAGUUGAGUCAAUAUUUUAUUAUUUAAUGAAACAUUUAAAAAGUCUGGGUUUACCGCUAAUUGAUCAUGGCGCACCGCCACGGCAAAAUUAAAGCCCCCACACCUUAAAAAUAAGUGUUGUUUUUUUUUCACGUGAAAAUAAAUAAAUGUAAUAUCAUGUAAAGUUGGUUAUGUUACUAACAAACUACCUGACGACUGAACAAAUCCCAAAUUACACUUUGUUACUUUUCAAUUACUUCAAUAGCAAACAUGAAUAAUCAGACCAGUUAAUGACAAAUGGUCUGAUUCUUUUUUUGAUUGAUUGAUUGAGACUUUUAUUAGUAGGUUGCACAGCGAAGUACAUAUUCCGUACAAUUGACCACUAAAUGGUAACACCCGAAUAAGUUUUUCAACUUGUUUAAGUCGGGGUCCACUUAAAUUGAUUCAUGAUACUGAUAUAUACUAUCAGAUAUAUACUAUCAUCAUAUACAGUCAUCACACAAGAUAAUCACAUUGAAUUAUUUACAUUAUUUACAAUCAGGGGUGUGAGGGGGGGUAG